AAUAAGAACAACAAUUGCAAUUCUUUGUGAGCUUGAAAUUUUCAAAAUUAUUUUUUUGUGAAUUUAAUUUAAAUUAAUUAACAAUGGGAGUUUAUAAAAUAGUUUUAACACUUGGAUUAAUUUCAUUGCUGCAUUCUGGAUAUUCAGCUGCUCAAUACCGAACAUUUUUGAGGAUUUCUGAGCAGGAGUUCGAGUCAUUGCCUUUAGAUAUAAGCAUUCAAGCGAUUGUCAGCUUUGCAGUAGUUGUUUAUUCUAUACUUAGCAUCAAGUCUGACUGGAAGUUAAUUCAUGCUACAGAAAUAGGCAAAUCUAGCUGGGAUACAUUCGCUAAUAUCCAAUCAUUUUAUUCAUUUAAUCAUCGUGGCAAGGCUUUAUUUAAUCCAGAUUAUACGCAACCAAAUUUACCAAAUAUGGAUUUAUUAAAUUAAUAAUGUCUGAUCUCAUUUCAUUUGUAAAGGAAACAGCUU